AACUACCGCCGUUAAAACAAAGGAAGAAGUGACUGAGCUGCGGUAGCAGAAGAAGAAGAAGAAGAAGAAGAAGAAGAAGAAGAAGAAGGCGGAAGUAAACCAGCUCCGCUCUGUCCUCGGUACGAGAGCUCAGGAUCUUCAUGAGAUGACGAUGAAGAAACAACGAGUCUGAACCGAAAACAGCAGCAGCAGCAGCAGCAGCAGCAGUGAGUAUUAAUAUCAGUGAUGGACGCAGAGAGCGGAGAGCUGUUUGUUGACAGCUGGACGUUGGACACUCUGUCCUCCUCCGAGCUCGUCUUCAGCCAAUCAGAGAAGCCCCUGCAGGACUGGACCGUGGACCCCAACUGUACGCUGGCUGACAGUGAGUCUGAGGACGUCCUCGCUGCCGUCGAUCCUAACGAGGUCUUCCCCAGCGGGACGCCGUCCGACGACGGCUCGGUCCCAGAGAGCCCCGUCACCAUGGCGACAGCCCAGCCGGUCACCAUCUACCAGGUGGUCUAUGACAUCAGUGGAGUGGGUGGAGCCAAGACGUCGCCUGGACAAGAGAACGUGAUUUCAAUAGAGCUCGACCAGUGGAAGUCUCAGCUGCUGCUUUCAGACUCGUGUGUCGUCAGCGAGCUCCCGGCCUCCGUGGUGGCGCCCCCCGCAGGCCUGGACCCCGACCUGCUGGAGCUGACGGAGGAGGAGCAGAAGCUUCUGGUUCAGGAAGGAGUGACUCUGCCCGGCAUCCUCCCUCUCACCAAGGCCGAGGAACGAAUCCUGAAGAGAGUUCGGAGGAAAAUCCGCAACAAGCAGUCGGCUCAGGACAGCAGGAGGAGGAGGAAGGAGUACAUCGAUGGUCUGGAGACCAGGGCGGCGGCGUGUUCGGCUCAGAACAAAGAGCUGCAGAGGACGGUGGAACAGCUGGAGAAACACAACACGUCUCUGCUGGCUCAGCUCCAACAGCUCCAGUCUCUGAUCAAACAGACCGUCAGUAAAGGAGCUCAGACCAGCACCUGUUUACUGAUCAUCCUGGUGUCUCUGGGUCUCAUCAUUUUGCCGAGUUUCAGUCCAUUCAGACGCGACCUGUCUUCAGACGACGACUCCAGACCGAUGGGAGUUCUCUCCAGGAACAUCCUGACUGAGCCUUCGUCCUCACAGUCGCCCCCUCCUGGUGAAGCUGAGUCCGACUCGUCCCCGUCGCCUCCAGACGACGUUCAGGACCUGACGGAGACCCGGGAGAACCCUGGUGGAGGACUCCAGGAAGGCGACCAAUCAGGGAACAGCUCGGUCCUGGUUCUGAGUCGAGGAAACCAGGAUCCGACCAAACCGGGCCACGCUGACGAGAUGUAGACGUUCAGAUCUGGGGCUGUUCUGAAAGCUUUAAGGGUUCAAACGGUUUUUAAACUUUAUUUAGGGUUUAGGGAAACUCUGAUGUCUGUGUGACGCUAGCACCGGGGUUAGCUUAGCAUAAAGACUGGAAGGAGAGGGAACCUGUUAGCCUGCUAACUGUUAGCCAAACAGUUUAAUCUGAAAAAAACCUGGACCCGUGUUCCUAAAGAUUCAAAGUCUAAGAAAAAGAAACUAGAACCCUGAUGUUUUCUCAGAGUUGUUCCUAGAUGGAGGUAGAGAUGAAAGGUUCCUGAAGAAGGUUCUGCAGUGAGAUGUGCUGAGAGCAGGGAGGAGAACUUUAAGAGGCUUAGAGAGGAGAACAUGGUGGAAAGAAGAGGAGGAGAGAUGUUCUCCUGGAGCAGGAAUCCAGCCCCUGAGACAUUUUACCUGGUUAAUACCACGUGGAACACUAAGGAACACGGGUCCUGGCUCCUGUUCCUGGAGCUAACUGCGCUGUUAGCAUGGAGGCUCCUGCAGAUGCUAAUGCUAACCGAUGCUAAUGAGGCUAACGCAGUGUAUCUGAACUCUGGAAGAGGAAGUGUUUGUUAAAGUGCCAUUAUGACCUCUGACCUGAUCAGAGAUGUUCAGUUUUUAAUUAAAAGGAAACGAUUGAUGAUUAA